AUGGCGAAUUCAGAGGAGCGAACAGAGGUAAAAAUACAUUUAUUUAUUUAUAAUUUAUUUAACUUUGCCGAAAAUAAACACACAAUUGUGACUUUAAAAGCUUACUAAAUAAUGCUACUUGUAAUAGAAUGUUUAAACUUUAAACGAAUGACCACAAACUAGUCUUCAACUUUAUAUCUGCUUUUAAAAACUGCUAUAAACCGCUUUAAUUAUUAAAUAUGAAUAUGUGAUAAAUGUGAAUAGUUACUGUGUUUUUCGUACAGGUUCUUGCCAAAGAUGUUCCUGAAAUUGUAGCUUUGUUAUCUGAUCUUAAUGAGAAGGUAUAUUUUACAACACACAUUAAAUUUCAAUAAUUGUUAGGGUUACUGGGCAAGCUGAUGGACUUGUGUAAUGGUGGUCUACUUCAGAAGUGUUUACACUGAUAGUAGCAAUAGAAUUACACUGUAUCUCUUAGUUCUAUUUGUUUGCUUUCAAAUACAAAACUACUACCGUAUAUUGCAAGAAAUUGUUUAUGAUCUGCAGAAAAGCAGGAUUUUCAAUCAGAAAAAAAGGGAAAGUCAUGACCACUGACGACCAUGGUUGGGAACUUUGGGAAUGUUAUUUCAAGCCCUGUUACAUAUAACGAAAUGAAUGAAUGAACAUUCUCUGCUCUGAUAUGGUUGACCACCCUCUGUUGCAUGAUGGUGCUUAUGUGAAAACCACCUUAUGGUCAUGGAAUUUUAGGUAUCAGUUGGUUUGUACUAUGUUAAAUGCCUCUCUGGAAAGUUCAGAAAUUUGAUAAAUUUAAUCAAAUAUGAUAUUAAUUUAAAACAUUAGGUGUGGGAUUUUCUCGAAACUCCACAUACCAUAGUCAGGCAUACAGUAUGUAUUACAAUGGCGGCAAUUCUGAUCAUAUUUGUUGUGGCAGCCACUUGCCUCAUUCUUAUACAUGUGUGUAUAGCUGCAAAGCAUCAUGAAAUUCUCACUAAAAUGAAUUUUAAAUUAAUAAGGUUUGAAUCCGCAAUUUGUCAGCGAUAUCUCAUGAGUCAUGUUAUUAUUGUCCUGAAUUUUGUGGUGUUUAUCGUGUUAAUUGUUAAAGUUUUUUAUGUUAUAAUUUUGAAAUGAUCAUGAUUUGAAAGAUACUUUUGAAAAUGUGUGAGAAAUAGAGCAAAAGUCACACAAGGUGACAUUCAAAUGUGUGGGUUCCACGCGCAAUGCAUGAGACUUGGAAACUAUGUUAAAAUACUCGAUUAUCAAAUUGGUAUUCAUCUUGUUAAUAACAUUGCACUUUGCCUUAAUUGCCAGCUUUCUGAUGCCAAUAAAAGAGUGACCUCUCUCAUUGAAAAAGUGGACAACAAUACAAUGUCUACAGAAAAGGUAAAAGCCAGUACUGAUCACAGGAUAGAACUGUUUUGUGUAAUAUUUGGUCAAGUUAUUUCAUCAGUAUUUGAUCUGUACAAUGUAUUGUUUUAGGGUGUCAGUUUUUUGGAAAUGAAAUUUCAUUUGCUUCUAAGGUGCAAGUUUAUUAUUUUUUUCUAUGGAUGAUUACCGGUACUGAUUGUGCAGUUUCAAAAUAAAGAAAUAGAAAGUUACCUUAAGUAACACACCAGUCUUAUAUGCACAUGACAAAUUAAUUUGUGUUUGUGGUUAUUAUUUGCAGCUACUUGAUUGACUUAGUGCAUUAUAUGUUGUUAAAAUCUCACGGGAAAUCAAUUGAAGACAGUCCAACUAUUGAUAGACUAGUAGAAUUACGCACGGUAAGCAUUAAAUUCAAAUUCUUAGUUGCUGAUGUCCAUUUUCCAGAUAAAAAAGCUUACUAAAUAUUUUUUUAUGUCAACGAGUUUCAGCCCUCUUACAAGUACAUAUAUAAAAAAUAGCAAUGCACCAAUUGACUACAGUCCGCAUCUAUAUCUUGUAUGUGCAGGUGAUGGAAAAAAUACGUCCAAUUGACCAAAAACUGAAAUAUCAGAUUGAUAAACUGAUUAAAAUUGCAACUACAGGACUUGUAGGUAUGUCAUUAAUGUAAUCCUGUAAGAUUUUAAUGUAUUUAUUCCAGCAAAAUGGUUCAAUUCAACAACUAUUAAUAAACCUUUCAGGUCAAGAGAAUGAUCCUUUAAGAUUUAAGCCAAGGCCAGACAAUCUGGUCAGCAAGGUGCUGUAAUGUUAUAUUGUAUGUUAAUUCAUUUUAAUGUAGAAAUAUUUGAAAGACAAAAUUUUAUCAAGAAAUGUUUUUCUUAAGCUUGAAGAAGCAGAGGACGGAGGUGAUGAAGAAAAGAAGCCAGGCAUUUAUGUUCCACCUAAGGUUGCUGCCAUGCCAUAUGGUGAGUCUUCAAUACUUUGCUUUAAACCAUUAAGUUGCAUUGUGCCCUAAUGGGCCCUACCCCCACUGUAUUAUUUUACUGUGCUUGAUGCCUAAUGAUUACAUAUAUUGUCCCCAUUGAGUGCCAGUGCUCCACGCUUGACAAGUAAAAAUGUUGUUCUGUUUGUUAUGUAAAAAGAUGAAGACAAAGUAUCAAGACGUAGGAAAUUGGAAGAAACAGCAAGACGAAAAGCAUUGAGCAGUUCUCUUCUAAAAGAACUUAGAGGUACAUGUUUUCUUCUAAAUCCAAAAUGUAUCAAAUUAACGGCUUCUUUGUAAUCAUGAUUAAUCUUCACUGCUUUAAUGUUAAUUUAGAUGAAUAUUCCGAAGCCCCUGAAGAAUUAAAGGUAUUUUUUUGGAUAUAAACUGCGGAUUCCGAAGGAUACAAUGGACCAUUCGCCAAUUAACCAAAAUUUUGAACUCAACAAGUCUAGACAAAAUUCUCAUCACAGCUUGAAAGAGCAUCACAAAAUUAGUAAUAUUCCAAAGUUUCGUUGCAAAAUGUUGUAAAAUGCGGAUAAUAUAGCCUUGCGAAGUUUGCAAUUUUCAGUCAUUUUAGAUUACAAACAGGAAAUGGUUACCACUUCUGUGCGUAAUACAAAAUGACUGAAAAUUACAAACUUCACAAGGCUAUAUUAUCCGCAUCUUACAACAUUUCGCAACGAAACUUUGGAAUAUUACUAAUUUUGUGAUGCUCUUUCAUGCUAUGAUGGAAUUUGGUUUAGACUUGUUGAAAUCAAAAUUUUGGUUAAUUGGGGAAUGGUCCAUUACUAUUGGGGCCACAGUAAUACACCUUUUCAAUAAUUACGUCAUGAAUACGUUCUUCGACUGGGAGCCUCAUUUUCAUGAAUCGUGAGCCAAUCGCAUUUCGUCUUGAUUCUCUUUGCCUCCCACAGGAAGGAGAAUUGUUUGAUAGAAGAAAGGAAAAAGAAAUAGACGAUGACAAACAUCAACGAAGGUAAAACUACACUCGCAUACUUGGAUGUUUGGUUUAUAGAGAAAAUAAUAUUCGCUAAACUAGUGCUUAUAUAUCCCAGAUAUGAAGAAGAGAACUUGGUUAGACUGAUGUCAAAAAAACAUGGAAAGGUAGGUGGAGUUGAAAAUCCACGGAGUUGUUGA